CGCCCCGCCAUUUUGUUGGUAGUUUGUAUUUAGGGUCGGGCAGGAGCAGAGCUUCUCUCUGUGUAACUGGAGGCGGUGUUCGGGAAGAGCGGUUGAGGGAAUCGAGAAAGAGGAAAACGAAAGCAUAACGCUAGACGGGGAGAGGAGACGAGAAAGAAAUAAGACGUCAAGCUGUCCGCUUUGCAGAAUCGCCGGUAGUUAGUAUUUCACACGAGUAACUGACAAGAUGUCCACUCCCGAAGUUCCCGAAUACUCUCCCUUCUUUGCGGUAAUGGGCGCCUCAGCUGCAAUGGUUUUCAGUGCUCUAGGAGCUGCUUAUGGCACUGCUAAGAGUGGAACAGGAAUUGCUGCCAUGUCUGUUAUGAGACCUGAGCUGAUCAUGAAAUCCAUUAUUCCUGUUGUGAUGGCAGGUAUAAUUGCUAUCUAUGGACUGGUGGUGGCAGUAUUAAUUGCCAAUUCACUGACAGAAGAAAUAACAUUAUUCAAGAGCUUCCUUCAGCUGGGUGCUGGUUUGAGCGUGGGUCUGAGUGGUCUUGCUGCUGGCUUUGCGAUUGGCAUUGUAGGUGAUGCUGGUGUACGAGGAACUGCACAGCAGCCAAGGUUAUUUGUCGGGAUGAUCCUAAUCCUCAUUUUUGCUGAAGUGUUGGGUCUUUAUGGCCUGAUUGUUGCUCUGAUCCUUUCCACAAAAUAAAACCUGCAAUUAAAGCGCA